GUCAACCACAACUGAAAGAUCUUUGUCUGUUUGACAGUUGUGAUGCAGUAAACUUAAAUAAGUUCAGAUAAGUAAUGUUUGUUGUGAGAAAUCGUUUUGCCGGGACCGACUCGGAUAAAACUUAUGCUUUGAUAAUGGUAUUCAUCUCAACACAGGUGUAGUUACAUUAAAAAUGAGUGAAAAACCCAAUAAAACCCUUACUGGGGCGGGGGCUUCAGUGCCGAAUAAAAUGAGACUUUACGCCACUUGGGUUGAUAGGACACCCUCUAAUUGCAUACCAAGGCUUUGUUCUUUAACUUUAACCAGAUUAGUGUUAUUAAAACCUCUGGGAUCCGAUUUAUCCUCUAUAUCUAUAGCUGUAAAAAUGCAGUCUAGCAAACGCACACUUCGUUCAAACGAAUUGACUUUACCACAAAAUGGUCUUUUGGAUACACCACUGGACGUGACAUUUUGUCUUCAGUAUCCACAUUUCUUGAAGAGAGAAGGAAACAAACUACAUAUUUUAUUGCAAAGGCGCAAACGUUAUAAGAAUCGCACAAUGUUGGGAUUCAAAACUCUUGCCGAGGGCGUCAUUCGAAUGGAUCAGGUCCUCCAGAGACAGAUGGACAUUGAACUGGAAUUGCUGCCGGAAAGUAGCGGUAAGGAUAACAAGGUCUCUGGCCCCGUAGCCAGGCUUACGGUAUUACAGCUCAGUUCCACGCCAGUCGAUCAUGACCAAAAAAUCCGAGAACACGAUUUCAGUGACGACGACGAUGAAAUCAGCUCAGGUGAGGAAGAGGUAGCUGAUUUAUCUGAUAGCGAACCCAUUCGUACUAAACUUCCCCAUGCGAGACAUAAUUUGAAGCAACGCUUCGUUUCUUUACUUCGUCGAUUCCGUGUACCCGACUCCGAAGGUAGGAUAUAUGGGGGUCGGGGUGGCGAUCUAGAUAAUCCGAGUGAUAUCCAGGCGCUGUUCCAAGAAUUGGAAUCUUUGAGUUGUGACGAGGAUUCUGGAGGAGAGCAAGACACAAUGUCCAUAUCAAGUACACCCAAGCCAAGUUUACGUCCAUUCUUUAGCAGUAGUAGAAGUCUGUUGGAUUCCAAUACACUGCCUUAUAUUGAAGCUGAAAAAAUAGAAGACAAAACUUGCUCAGGCUCCGAUGGGAACGCAGACAUCUGCUUUACGGAUCCUGAAGCCCAAAGCGACCCACAGACGGGAUCGCCUCCGAGAGAGCAAUCUGGCGGAUCUCGAAAACAUACCGGAGAGAACGAAUUUGCCAAUAUAAUGCAAGAACUUAGCGAGAGGAAGUCCAAGUUGUUUAGGUCAUCGGCUUCUUCUGCCAAAAAGAAGAAUUCGCUCAGCGUUAGUUCGGAACCAGCAGUCGAGUCAGUCGUGGUGAGAAAAAUAUUUUUUGAGUCAGUGUCCAAGCUGCUGCCUCUUGAAGAUAAUACACUGCCAGAAAGUGUUGUUAUGAUGACCGGUCCGGACAGUAUAAUUAUGCCGUUAUCUGUGAGGUUUGCCCCUCAACACAAAGUAUUCCAACCCAUAUCAGCGGUAGAGGUGAAGUCGGUGUUGAAUGCAUUGUUCAAUAAAAUCCAUAAGUAUUGCAAUAAUUGUGCCAAACCUGGUACAUACGUCAAGCUCCUCCUAAUUGGCGGAGACACUCUGAUAGGAUGGUUUGUCCGUCCAUACGUCGAACUUCUCUCGAGCAAACCUUCUGAAUGGUUGGCAUACACCCGCGUGUAUAUAGUCCCCUUGGGCAACUGCAAUAUUUCCCGUCACCUGGCGAUGUUGGAUCCGGGGUACCAGACCUUGUUUCCCAACGAACAAGAAUUGAAAAUUGACGAGCUCUCGCAGAGGUUACAGAGGUACCUUUCCUCCCCUCUGUCUGCUCCUGUCGCCCAGCUACCCAUCGGCGAAGCUAUGCUCACCUGUCACGACGAGAACAGCCAAUUGUUCAUUCCAUUUGUCAGUGAGGUCAGAGUAGGACCCGCAGAUCUAGCACUAUCGAUCUCUGUGGACUUGGACGACCUGAUGUGCUCCAGUCCACCAGCACCUUCUUUGACUCCUCCCUCUUCUCCCAACGUGCAGGCACGGGACUCGCCGUGGGAACCACUCGACCUCCAAUUGGACUAUUGGCAACUGCCGAAGUUCUCCGACAGCACCAUAAAGACUGAUAAAACUAAACAAGACGGCAAAACUUCUUUGAAAGCCAUUUUCCGAGGACUUCAGGUUUCUCCAACUACACAUUCUGGACUUAAUGUUACCAUGCUAUUGGCGAAUAAAGAGAAAAAACAGAAAAUUAUGAGAUUAGGAAAGAAGAAAGAAAAGGAGAAAGAUAUGGAGCCUCGCAGUCAGAACGUAGAAGGAGUCUCAAGGCUGAUAUGCUCUGCUCGCGCUGCUCAUACUUCUCCCAUGAAAGUAUAUAUUGACGGAGUGGAAUUUGGUGGAGUAAAGUUCUUCCAGUUGAGUUCUACAUGGCAGACCCACGUGAAGAGUCUGACAGUAGCCCUGGCGGGUGUCCCGCUAGCCAGCACAGAAAUGAACUGAUUUUACCAUAUCCACUGCCGGGAUCUCUAAGAAAGUCUACGCCGCCCCGAACAUUUCCAUUUGCUGCUUUGCUUCCGUGUUUAAAAAAAAAGCUAAAACUAUUGUCGCUUCUAGUCACUAUAUACGGGGUCACCCAAAUAUGAUUUCUACUAGGAUUGAUCAGUUUUACUAUUGACAAACACGAAUAUGAGAGUAUGUAAUGCUUUUAUCUAUGAUUAAUUAGUUAUAAUUAAGUAUUUAAUACUUUUUAAAUAAUUUUUAAAUAGAGCUUACUAUUUUUUUAAGUGAUUGUAUAUAAAGUAGGUUCGUAUAUUUUCCUCCUCCCCAAUUUGUUUUCGUAUUAAAACUGGCAGUCCUCUGAAUAUUUAAAUGUUGACAAUACAACCUUUUAAGGCUCAAAAAAUACACAUUAAAGACUCAUAUAAAGAAUACUCUGUAUAUGUGAUAUAGUUUGUAGUUUGUUGUUAAAUUAUACUGAGUAUGCUUCAUAAUUUUUUAUUUAAAAUACCUUUUUUAUAAGGCCAUGUAAAAGUUUUAUUUAUAUAAUAUUUAAGAAGUUGCAUUCAAUAGAUAAGUUAAAAACAG